GAAUGCGACAUCAAUCAAAAUGGAAGAAGGGGUUCCAGAAUUCGUGUAGAGGGGUUGGCCCUUUUUUGUUCGGCUGGAGAAUCCUGCUUGAACGGGGAGCAGGAACAUAACAGACCGCCCAGAAAGCAUCGCGCCACGGACGAUCCUACAUAUCAGGCCGGGCAACGGGCGUUCAACCCAAAGGAGAGUAGACAGAGACACGGUACGGCACUAGAGCCGUUCAGACGUCGGUUCUGGACUCAUAAGAUAGCUAGGUAGCUCUUGUUGUUACAACUCUGGGGGUACUGGAAGGGGUAGGGGGCGGAGGUCUAGCGAGUACGGAGAAGCCUACACGCCGAGAGGAGGGGGCUGGAAGUCUGCAACGCUUCCAGCCUGAAGGGGCCGGCGCUGUGGCCAUAGAACCCUGGACUGUCUAGAGCCCGCGCGGCUAAGUGGAUGGGAUGGAGCCGGGACCGUCUGGCGCUGUGCCCAUGGGGCCCUUCCCCCCACCCCUGCAGCAGGUGUUCCAGGCGCCCCGCCGGCCAGGCAUGGGCACGGUGGGCAAACCAAUCAAGCUGCUGGCCAACUACUUUGAGGUGGAGAUCCCCAAGAUGGAUGUCUUCCACUACGAGGUGGACAUCAAGCCCGACAAGUGCCCCCGACGGGUUAACAGGGAAGUGGUGGAAUACAUGGUGCAACACUUCAAGCCCCAGCUCUUUGGCGACAGGAAACCAGUGUAUGAUGGCAAGAAGAACAUCUAUACGGUGCUAGCACUUCCUAUCGGAAGUGAGAAGGUGGACUUUGAGGUGACCAUUCCCGGGGAGGGGAAGGAUCGUAUCUUCAAGGUGUCUAUCCGAUUUCUGGCCACGGUGUCAUGGCGUCUGCUCCAAGAAACGCUGGUCAGCGGGCGCCUGCAGGUACCCCUGGACUCGGUCCAGGCGCUGGAUGUGGCCAUGCGCCACCUGGCCUCCAUGAGGUACACUCCUGUAGGACGAUCGUUUUUCUCCCCUCCAGAAGGCUACUACCACCCUCUGGGAGGGGGGAGGGAGGUGUGGUUUGGGUUCCACCAGUCGGUACGACCCGCCAUGUGGAAGAUGAUGCUCAACAUUGACGUGUCUGCCACGGCCUUUUACAAAGCCCAGCCAGUGAUCGAGUUCAUGUGUGAGGUCCUGGACAUCCGCAACAUAGACGAGCAGCCCAAAACCCUGACCGACUCGCAGAGGGUCCGCUUCACCAAGGAGAUCAAAGGUGGGCCGUUGAACAGUGAUCGGUGGGCGUUGCCAGGUCUGAAGGUGGAGGUGACUCACUGCGGUCAGAUGAAGAGGAAGUACCGGGUCUGCAACGUGACCCGGCGUCCCGCCAGCCACCAGACGUUUCCCUUGCAGCUUGAGAGUGGCCAGACUGUAGAAUGUACAGUAGCCCAGUACUUCAAGCAGAAGUACAAUCUCCAGCUGAAAUACCCCCACCUCCCCUGCCUUCAGGUGGGCCAGGAGCAGAAGCACACCUACCUACCCCUGGAGGUGUGUAACAUCGUAGCAGGACAACGGUGCAUCAAGAAGCUGACCGAUAAUCAGACGUCCACUAUGAUCAAAGCCACGGCUCGUUCUGCACCGGACAGACAGGAGGAGAUCAGCAGACUGAUGAAGAAUGCCAACUUUAACCUGGACCCGUACAUUCAGGAGUUUGGGAUCAAGGUGAAGGAUGACAUGGCGGAGGUGACCGGGAGAGUGCUGCCCGCCCCCAUCCUUCAGUACGGAGGACGGCUUUUGUCUCCCACCUGUUCUACCUCACAGAACCGGGCCAUCGCAACUCCCAACCAGGGGGUGUGGGACAUGAGGGGCAAACAAUUUUACAACGGCAUUGAGAUCAAAGUGUGGGCCAUCGCUUGCUUCGCCCCCCAGAAGCAGUGUCGGGAGGAGGUGCUCAAGAACUUCACCGACCAGCUGCGUAAGAUCUCCAAGGAUGCUGGGAUGCCCAUCCAGGGCCAGCCAUGUUUCUGUAAAUACGCCCAGGGUGCCGACAGUGUGGAGCCCAUGUUCAGGCACCUGAAGAACACCUACUCCGGACUCCAGCUCAUCAUCGUCAUUCUGCCUGGAAAGACCCCAGUCUAUGCGGAGGUGAAGAGGGUUGGAGACACCCUCCUUGGAAUGGCCACUCAGUGUGUCCAGGUGAAGAACGUUGUGAAGACGUCCCCCCAAACCCUGUCCAACCUCUGCCUGAAGAUCAACGUCAAGCUGGGGGGAAUCAACAACAUUCUGGUGCCUCACCAACGGUCAGCAGUGUUCCAGCAGCCUGUCAUCUUCCUUGGGGCUGAUGUUACACACCCCCCGGCUGGAGACGGGAAGAAGCCCUCCAUCACUGCUGUGGUGGGCAGUAUGGACGCCCACCCCAGCAGGUACUGUGCCACAGUGAGGGUUCAGAGGCCCAGGCAGGAGAUCAUCGAGGACCUGUCUUACAUGGUGCGAGAGCUGCUGAUCCAGUUCUACAAGUCCACCCGCUUUAAGCCCACCAGGAUCAUCUUCUACAGGGACGGAGUGCCAGAGGGUCAGCUGCCACAGAUCCUCCACUAUGAGCUUUUGGCUAUCAGGGAUGCAUGCAUCAAGCUGGAGAAGGACUACCAGCCUGGCAUCACCUACAUUGUGGUCCAGAAGCGUCACCAUACCCGCCUCUUCUGUGCCGACAAGUCAGAGAGAAUUGGGAAGAGUGGGAACAUUCCUGCAGGGACCACGGUGGACACCAGCAUUACUCACCCAUUUGAGUUUGACUUCUACCUGUGCAGUCACGCAGGGAUACAGGGGACAAGUCGUCCUUCGCAUUACUACGUUCUUUGGGACGACAAUCGUUUCACCGCUGACGAGCUGCAAAUCCUCACCUACCAGCUGUGCCACACCUACGUGCGCUGUACCCGCUCCGUCUCAAUCCCCGCGCCAGCUUACUACGCCCGCCUCGUGGCCUUCCGUGCUCGCUACCAUCUGGUGGACAAGGAGCACGACAGUAGUGGGGAGGGCAGCCAUGUCUCUGGCCAGAGCAACGGUCGCGACCCCCAGGCUCUGGCCAAGGCCGUGCAGAUUCACCACGACACCCUAAGGACCAUGUACUUCGCCUGAGCACCACACCGCCACCAUGACUGCCCUUAACACCCAGCGGGCGGCCCUCUGGUGAGGGGCUUAGGAGUCCACUUGAUGCCUCACUCCUCAGCUUCUCACACCUUCGGCCACCGCAGCACCAGAACCAUACUUCGCUCACCUGAACGACCCAGGCAGACUGCAGCGUCCUGCACUCAGUUAUUGUUAAUAUUAUUAUUUUUGUUUACUUUGCCAUGACAGUGCUCUUUUUAUGUUGACUUUUAAAACAAAUGGGUAUUAUUGCAGUGUAUGCAACCUUCCACACUGCUAUGGAAGUAUGCAAUAUGGAAGGAAGGAAAACGGGCUUUGAGACGCCCUGGGACUUCAGACUGCCACAAUGCUGCCUCUUACUGGUCCGCACCACGGACAACAGUGUUCUGUUUCCGAGCCUCUGGUACAACUGGGGGUCACGGGGGGUCCCGGAGGGCAACAGAAAGAACACACACUUCUUAUCUUUUUAACCUUUUAUCAUGACCUCUGUUCUUAUGUUGCCGUUGUGUUUUUUUGUUUUAUUUUUGCCUUAAGGCACACGGCGUGAGGUAUGGUGCAUUAGCACUUAGCAGUUAGCAUGUAGACAACACCGCCCCACCCUGCACCUAAUAUGAAGUUUAUCUGUACGCGUGAGGCUAGCCCUCGGCUCUUGGUAGUAGCAGAAUGAGGAGGGCAGGUACAACUUAUGCUACACGUGUGCAGGACACGUAGUCCUCCCACAUGAUACCUGUGCAGGUUGGGGAGGUCCCUCUUGCCUAGAGAAUUAUCUAAUAGAGAGAGGCAAAUGUAGACGUUAGAUGGACCAUUGCAUCGAGUGUAUUAAAUAUACUUGCACCUCGUGCACAUAAGCCAGCAUUCUGAAUGAGCAAAUGGGAUGCCAACCAACAGAACAGGGGCACUUACAUAAACACAAUGGGGGGGGGGUUCAUUCCCCCACGCCACACACACACACACACUUAGUAACAUAAUUCAUGUUCUUACACAUAAAACCUCUCUAAGCUUGCUGAACCUUUCGAGUAACAGUAGCAAUACAAGGUAGCAGCAGACCGACGUGGGCCAGAGAGCGCCAUGGUGUUCGUCUCUCACCUUGGGCACUCAGCCUUGGCUGUACCGCCUCCAGCACAUUCUGUCUUCACAGUCCGCCGUGUUGUCAGUGGAGACGACGUCCACACUUAACGCACCACGAUGUGGCGUACACCUACACACACACACACACUGAUACUGUCAGAACACUUAGCCCCGCUCCCUUAUUUUGUACAUAGCUCCUCUUCCUACCUAAAGGCAUUGACCACGGCAACUGGGACACAAGCGCGCUCAUGCCUCCUCAACCGCUCUGUCGUGCUCGUACUUAAGAGAGUACCGAGCCGCCUCCACACAUGUCCUUGCCCCAUUGAAAGCCCCCACAUAAACACUUGCGCCCUCCUUCUGACACCCCCAUCCUCUUUCCUAGGCAUACCCUUCAUCGUUGGCCACUCCCCUCAGCCUAGUGGACAAUCCCCAUUGGUGCGCUGUGUGCAUGGACAACACAGAUACGGGGUUUUCUACGAAGGUUAUGGGGGUUUCUCCCUUAAUAUGUCCUGCCUUCACUUCUGGUCACUUUCUGGCUUUAUGAUACGCAUGCAACAUUAUUUUUUUAUUAUUGUGACUGGAUAUUCUGAGCCACCUUAUUUCAGUUUUCCUAGUGAUAGGAGCUUAUUACGCUCACUUCUUCUGCCUGUCAGUCAUAGCUUCAAUUGUGUAAAUGGCGUUUCUGAAAGGCUGCUUUUUGUGUUCUGUAUUGUAGUGAGUAGUGUCAGAGUGUAUCCUCAAGGGGGUGCUACCUUUCCCUUGUUGCCCUCAAACGCCUCAAAUCAUGUCUGUUGGGUUGUAGAGCUCCUUUUUGUCGGAAGCGAUCAACGAUAGAGAUUCAAUGAUAUGCCAGAUUUUUUUUGACACAUGUUAAUGAACUUGCGUAAUCAAAAUGCCUUUGUACACCAUUUUACUGACCCCAUGUGUCCAAGGUGAUUUGUAUAUAACCUAUAAUGUAUUUUGGCUCAUCAAUGUAGCAGGGCCUUUGCAGUUGGGGUUAGUCUCCCUCACCCACCCCCUCUGUUAAAAUGUCAGGCUCGGGAAGCCCAGUUCCACUGAUCCAGAUACAGUUCGUAACUUAAUUUACUGAAGCCACAAAGCACCUUGCAACCGGGGAGAGCAACAAUAUGGAAUUACCCUGGAAAAAGCAUCAUGAUGAGAAAUCCGCUCCACCCAGCCUCACUGACUAAGCAAUAUAAAAGCCACUGAUCAGGAACAGUCCUUGUCAUAGCACUUCCCAAUAGAUUGAUGAAGGGACAUGGAAUAAUGUUAUUUUGGCUCUGUAUGAUGUAAGAGUAUGGGGCUCUGUUGGGGAGGGCUAUUUUUUAAAGAAAAUAAAUUUGUUUUUUAUUA